AAUAUUGGAGAAGAAUUACAUUUUCAAUCCAAUGCGAAUACUCUAUAAGUAGGUUUCAAGUCUUCCAAUUGUUUACAGAGGAAGACGAAAGCAAAGAUGAGUUCAGAAACCCUGGUUAGGCUUCCGGUCAUAGAUUUCUCGAAACAAGAGCUGAAGCCAGGCAGUCCUGAGUGGGAUUUGGUGAAACUCCAAGUCCGGGAAGCACUGGAGGAGUACGGUUGUUUCGAGGCUUUGUUUGACCAAAUCCUGGAGCUUCGACACGCAGUAUUUGGAGCCAUGGAGGAGCUCUUCGAUCUGCCUUUACAAACCAAAAAGCUUCAUGUUUCAGGCAAGCUAUUUCGAGGCUAUUAUAGGGACGCAUCAGGACUGCAUGAAAACAUGACCAUUGAUGAUGCACAUAUUGCUGAAAACAUUGAAUCAGACCUCACUAACAUCUUGUGGCCACAAGGAAACAAAAGCUUCAGUGAAACCCUAGUAUCUUUCACACGGCUAGCAUCAGGAUUAGAGAAGACAAUUAGGAGGAUGAUUUUUGAGACUUUUGGUGUGGAGAAAUAUGUGGAUGAGUUCAUUGACUCCACAAAUUAUAUUCUCAAGGUCAUGAAAUAUGAAGGGUCUCAAAGUAGCGAGCCAAGCCUUAGGGCUCACUCGGAUCAAAAUCUGGUGACCCUUUUGUAUCAAAAUGAAGUUAAUGGAUUAGAGAUUCAAAACAAAGAUGGUGAAUGGAUCAAUGUAAAACCAUUACCGAACACUUUCUUUGUUAUGACUGGAGAGUCCCUCAGCGUAUGGUUAAAUGGUGGAUUGCGUUCUACUUAUCAUCGCGUCAUGAUGAAGGAGAGCAAGACAAGGUAUUGCGUGGGAUUGUUUGCAACGCCUAGAGGAGGGUACCAAGUAAAGGCUCCAAAAGAGCUUGUGGAUGACAAAAAUGGCUUACUCUUCAAUCCCUUUGACUAUGAAGAAUUUUUGGGAUUUUACUCUAUCCAAGCCGCUCGAGGAGCACUUGAAUAUGGUCUUAAGGCUUAUUGCAGUGUCUAAGAUUUUACAAUCAAUAAUUUAUGUGAAACAAUAAAUUUUGUUAUUAAAACUUGAAAACAAAUUUCUGAACCUUGAGGUUUAUUCCAUA